AUGGCAUCACAGCAAGCAGCUCUUCAGCCAGGACAACCUGGUUUCGUUCCUUCUCGUGUUCAGCUUGAGGCUUUCAACCGCGCUUUUCGUCGCGUCCUAUGGCCUCGCACAGUCUACAAUGAGAUGCGCGAGCGGCAUCUACGUCUGAACCAUUGGGAUGUGCAAGCUGCCAUCUGGAGUUUCCUUCAAGAAGAACUGGAGAUGCUGCCACCCCAAAGCAGACCCCUUAACUCGCUUGCUGGCACUAUCCCACCAUAUCUUGACGAUUCUGCUGGCCCUCUUCGAUCGACCAGGGACAAAAUCCGCUCUUUGAUCGCAGCCGCGUCUCUCCCAGCUCCUACAUCUUCAGCGUCUACAUCCAAUGCUCCUGUGUCGUCCACUCAAAAAGCGGUCGAUGACCAAUACCCGCCGGCACGACUGGCCCUCUUAGUCCGUGGUAUGCCGCGCAAUCCUGGCAACAUAGAACAGGAGCGACGGGAUACGGCGCGUUAUCUGAGAGAGACGCUCGUGAACAGAAAUCAGCUCCGCCUGAAGAAGCUGUCGAUAUCGCAGGCAGUCCUUCUUAUGCACUUGGCUGACUGGGAUAUUGGUCAAGCGUUGGGUGAUUGGAAGAAUCUGGACGAAGCUCUCGACCGCCUCCAUCUCCAUUUCGAUCGUAUGCGGUCUGGAGAGGGAACUUCGCCGUCUUCGGAGGUGACCAUCAAUGGUAAACAGGAGCGGCAGAGCGAACGUCUCGCCAUACUGCUUGCCAUUACCACUCGCCCUGACUGGGGCUCCUUACAGGCUUUCCUUGCCGACCACCGCUUCGACUUGGUUGCUAGCAUUGUGGACUGGUACAAGGCAGGUAUUCCAGUCGCUCCCAAACCUAAGAAGAAAGCAGAGGGGAACAAAGUCUGCAAAGACGUGUUCAGCAACGAAAUUCCACUUCCAAAUCAGCAAGACGUGGUUGCGCCAAAUGUCGACAAUCUCUGGGCUCCCGAGCGUGCCUUCUACCGCCGAGUGUCUGAGUACACUGGUGGGGACGACAGCAUUCCUCCUACACCGAUGCGUGAGGAUGACCGGGACCGCGCGUUCGGCUUCCUGCUCCAUCCAGAUAGACAUGCCCCUCAACCUGGCAACUAUCACGCCGAGUCCUACUUCGUGACCGAAGCCAUUUCCAAGAACAGAUACUUCCACAAACGCUUCGCCCAGCCUGCGUUUAAGUGGCCAAAGAUAGGCGCUGGCUACGGGAAUGACAACAAGCCCGAAGAAGACGUCGGAGACGAGACGAAAAAGGUCGUCUUUGACUUCAGCAACAAGGAUCACGUGGAGAAACUCAGCAACUGGCGUCGCCAGGACUUCUCGCGUACGACUGGCAUUCUCACACGCACAGGCGCCCAACACUGGCAACCUGUCGAGCUCGCAAAGUUGUACAAGAUGGUGGAAGCAUACUAUGAAGAGUACAUCUCCAGCCACGCGAGUCCCAGCGACAAGCCCAAUUGGAUCCUCCCUGUCAGCGCAGGCAUGCUUCUGCAGUGGACUGACGCGUUGAACGAGGCCUUCGUUGGCACACGUCCCGGUGGUGGCUCAGCCAUCCGUUGGGAGCGCACGUCCGAGGGAGUCGGAACGCAAGUGCGCCGCACGCGACCUAUCACAGAAGACUUCAAUAUCCCCGAAGAUAAAGCCUGGUUCGCGAAAAAGGGCGCCUUUCACUCGCACACCGAGCAACGUAAGCUGGUGCUCCAGGGCAAAGAUCAGCUGGCUGAGUGGGAUCCUGAAGCAGAGCGCAAGAAGACCAGCGAUGCUACUCCCGCUCCAGCCACAGGCAAGUUGGGCAAGCAACCACUUCGCGUAGAAGACGACACUGCAUCCGAUCCCAACGACAGCGACGCCACAAAGGAGCGCAAAGCUCAUACGAAGCGGUCCCGAGCUGUGUUGGUGCGACAGGCUGAGGAGCGGCGACGAAAGGACGCAGAGCGGCGCAAGCAGAACGCGCAAGAUGAGCCGGCGGUCGACGACAAGGAGGAUGUCUUGAGUGGUCCGGCAUUUGUGUCUCUUGUUGGCGAAGAUGCAGAGGAGGGUAAUGCAGAUGACGAGCAGGAGGAGCAAGAGGGACCUCGCAGCAAGACGCGGAAGACCCCUGCUUCUGGCUCUGAUUCUACAUCCAAGUGA